AUGGUCGGGCGGGCGCUGGUCGGGGGUCAGGCGCGGCCCCUGGGGCGGGCAGGGCCGGGCCGCACCGCACCGCACCGCGGGGGAGGCCCAAUCCGCCCUCCCGAGCCCGGCGGGGGCUCCGCCGCCGCCUCCUCCUCCUCCUCCUCACAUCCCCCGGGGAGACGGAGGCGGCGGCUGCGGGAACGGCGGGAGCGGGAACGGAGAGAGGGGAGAGGCCCCGGGGGUCACGGCGGACACCGGGACCGCGGCGGGAUCGGGCCCGGGAUCCCCCGGGAUCGGUCACUGGAUCCCCCGGGGCACUCCGGGAUCCCCCGGGAUCGGUCACUGGAUCCCCCGGGGCACUCCAGGAUCGGUCACUGGAUCCCCCGGGGCACUCCGGGAUCGGUCACUGGAUCCCCCGGGGCACUCCAGGAUCGGUCACUGGAUCCCCUGGGGCACUCCGGGAUCAGUCACUGGAUCCCCCGGGUCACUCGCGGAUCGGUCACAAGAGCCACAGCUUCACCACAGGAUCACCAGGAGCUCCCUGGAAAACUGGGACUGCACCAGGAUCUCACUGGAAUCACCUCUGGGAUCAUCAAGAGCUCCCUGGAACACUGGGACUGCACUGGGAUCAGCCACUGGAUCACCAGGAUCUCACUGGGAUCACUGGGACUGCACUGGCAUCAGCUACUGGAUCACCAGGAGCUCCCCAGGAUCGCUGGGACUGUACUGGGAUCAGCCACUGGACCACCAGGAGCUCCCCAGGAUCGCUGGGAGCACACCAGGAUCUCACUGGGAUCACUGGGACUGUACUGGAAUCAGCCACAGGGAUCCCUGGCAUCUCACUGGGAUGAGCCACAGGAUCACCAGGAGCUCCCUGGCAUCACUGGGACCACAUCAGGAUCUCACUGGGACCACCUCUGGGAUCACCAAGAGCUCCCUGAAUCACUGGGACUGCAGCAGGGAUCGGCCACAGAAUCACCAGGAGAUCCCUGGGAUCACUGGGACUACACCAGGAUCUCAUCGGGAUCACCAAGAGCUCCCUGGCACACUGGGACUGCACUGGAAUCAGCCACAGGAUCACCAGGAGUUCUCUGGGAUUGCUGGGACAGCACUGGAAUCAGUCACAGGGAUCCUUGGCAUCUCAUUGGGGUGAGCCACUGGAUCACCAGGAGAUCCCUGGGAUGAUUUGGACCACACCUGGAUCUCACUGGGAUCACCAGGAUCAAUGAAGGGAUCAGCAGCACUGCUGGGCUCAUCCAUGGCACACCAGGAUCUCCCCCAGGACACCAGCAUCCUAGAAAUCUGGGAUCACCAGCACUGUUGGGAUCUCCCAUACCCUGGCAGCACCCCUGGGACCCCAGAUCAAACCCCAGGAUUACCAACACCACUGGGAUCACCCCUGGCAUCACUCACACCCCCAGACACUGGGACCACAGGACAACAACCCCUCCAGUUUCUCAGCACUUGGGGAUCACUGGCACCUCAGGACAAUCCCAGGAUCCCCAGCACCCCUGGGAUCAUCCCCAGGACAUCCCUGGGAUCACAUCCCAGGCACUGUGUCCCCUCCAGGCCCCCAUGGAGCUCUGAGGUCCCCAUGGCUGACACCACCAGUGCUGCCCAGCAGAUGGGAGAGCAUGCAGAGGGACCUGGAGAACCUGGAGAACUGGGACCAGGAGAACCUGGGGGAGUUUAACAAGGACAAGAGCAAAGUCCUGCACAUGGGGGGGCAACAGAUCCAGGACAUGAACAGGAGGCACCUCCUGAGGUGACAGCAUGGAGCAAGUGCCUUGGAUCUGCUACCCAACCUGCAGGAAGGAGAGGGGCUGCUUCUUCC